AUGCAAAAAAUUACAAUUAAAUUUCAUAUAAUUAUUUUAUUGAUCACACUAUUUAAAUAAGUAUAUAAUUAGACGUGCUCAAUUGUUGGAUGUUUAGAUUCGCAGUAUUAACCAUUGACAAGCUAGUGUGUAUGUAAUAGUUGCUCAGACUAAUUCACACUAACUUAAGAUUAAUAAUGUAGAAGUACUGUUUGUGGAGAGAAUAAAUAAUACUAUUAGCUCUAGUCGCUCAGCUCAAAUGUACAAUCAGCUUAAUGUUUAUCCAUCUGUCCUUAAAACCAAAUAGCCAAUGAUUAUACAAAUAUAUGCGAUAUUAGCUAUAUGUGCACUUAAACAUUUAUUUAGAACUUCUAAACAAAUCAAGGCAAGAAUGUACAAUAUGUGAUAUUUAGUCCUAAUGAUAAUCUACUUUACCUUGUGUAUGACACCUUUUUAAAUGCUAUUGACAGUUUAAAGGGUACUUUUAUUAAAACAUUCUCUUUUGAUAGCGGCAUCUCUACCCUAAAUGUUAUUGACAACUAGCUGUUCCUUUUUAAUAUUUCCUCUUCUUAACUUCUAUUGUGGGAUCAAUAUCUUUCUUAAGUAUAGUUUUACAUGAAAAUAAUUGAUGGAGAUAUAAAAUCUUCAAGUAAAAUAUUCAGAGCUAUUGACUCUUAAAAAUACCUCAUUUGCACUUUUGACAGUGCAGGCACCAACAUAUUUGUAAGUUUAGUUUAGCAGAGUGAAUAAGACAGUGAGUCAUUAGCUACUAUUCCUGUCCCAUCUUAGUUCGAAAUGCUUUUAACUUUUUACAAUUUUAUAAUAAUACAAAGGACAAACGACUUCAAAAUUAAAUUAGGUUACGUUACAAACACAUUUAAUUAACCAAAUUUAAUUCUCAGUUUAGAUUACUUUUGCGAUAAUAUUUAAGGAACAAUCAUAGAUUCUUUUUCGAAUACUCAACAAGAACAAUAUUUCUUUUAUAUGAUUUUUCAAAAUACGACCUCAAUUUUUACAUCUUUUUAAGUAGAUGGAAACUAUUAAUGCAAAAGCAUUCCAACCUUAGAUAAUUCAUUUCCGUUAAAAAUGCAUUCAGUUAGUUUAGAUUUUUGUAAUAAUAAUACUAAUAUUCAGUUAAUAAUAAUUCUGCUUUCUAGUCAAAAACUAGUAGCAUAUUAGAUACUGCCAAAUAAUUAUUUAGAAGUCUUUUUUUAAGUGAUUAUCUCGAACUAAAUAAUUGAUUUCAAACCUGUGAUUAAAUAAAACUUCCUUUACUUAUAUUCGAUCACAUAAAAUAGUACUGUUUUUAUCCAUAAGAUUAAUUCGUAUCUUUGUUAAUAAUAGAUCAGCUUAAAUAUCUAGCAAGAAUAAUCCUUCAAUAUUAAGUUAAAUCCUCCUUUCUCUAUAUACAGUCUUUAAGAAUUAGUAGGCUAACUUAAUUUUUAAUAAGUAAUCUUAACUUCUUAUGACAUAUAAGUCGUCAUUCCUUCUGCUGAUUAGCCCUUUCUUUUUAUUAGGGAUUUUUAAGACAAAAUAUUUGCAAACGAAAAAGCAAUAUCUAAAAUUGUCUACUUAGAGAAUAUUGGAAUUAUCGCCAGUUGUUCCAUUGAAGGUAAAUUAAUACUAUGGUAAGCAGUUGAUCCUCUAGAUCCUCAAUACAUACUUUCUAUUAAAAGACCUUAUCCAUGUUUAGAUAUUGCUUAAUUUGGCAAUUCCUUCAUAGUAGCUAAAUUUGCCUUUGAAGUUUUAAUUACCAAUUCAUUAAAUAUCCUGCAAACAAAAUCUUAUCCUAUUUUAUCAGCUACUACUUAUUCAUUAAUAGCUUCAACAAGCAACUAUAUUUACAUAUUCUGUGAUGCAAGUGCUUUGAUUUUGAGUUCUUAUAAUACAAUUGUUGCUAAAUCAUAAAAAGCGCUGUAUCCAUCAUAAUUUGCGAAUAUGCAGAGUAUAUUUGUUCCAUAAGCAGACUUGAUAGUUGUGUAAACAAAGCUAUCUGAAAUUUUAGUUUACAAUUUCGAUGUAACCACUUAGAUAAUAAAUGGAACUUAUCUUUCUUAUUAUGCCAAUAAAAUACCAAUUUACUCCAUUAAAAUAUUUAAUUUAGACUAAUAAAGUUUUAGAAUUGUGUUAUUUGAUUAUCUUGGAUUUGUUAAAAUUCUUGAUAACUAGUUAAAUAUUGUGAAUGCUUUCCGCAUAACUUUAGGGGCAGUUUUAUUCAUAGAUAAAUACAUGCAAUACUAUAUUUUUACAAUUUAUAUAACUAAUUCUACUUAAAUCAAUUAAUUUACUUUAAUCAUAUUUGAUAGCUAAAAAAACUAACAAACGCAAGUAGGAUAACUAUUUGUGGCUGGAUUUUUUGUCUAAUUUAAGACAAAAACUAAUAAUUUAGGUUAAUAAACAUUUGUUUUAACAAAUGCUAUUUCCGCAUAGAAUACGGCUAUCACAGUUUAAGUAUUUUGGGUUCCUUCUUUAAAUAUAUUGAAUGCUGCCUUCGCUCAUUUUACUUUUUCUACAUAGCAAACUCUUCUUAGUGCUAUAACAGACAGUUAAUAAUCAUUAAUUUUAUCAGGAAAUUUAAGUGGAUAAGUAAGAGUUUAGCCAACUCCGAACAACUAAUUAAAUGAGAUGCAAGUAGUAUAUAGCUAAAAUAUAAAUACAACUGAUAAAAUUUAGUUUAUAUAAUUUAGUGCUUAAAUAGGAAAAUAUUUUAUUAUUAAUAGCUAAGUCCAUUGCUAUUCUAUAUAUACAGAUAUUCUAUUAGAAACUUUGAGUUUACCUUCAACUAUUGGAAAUCCGACAAUACAAAGUAUUUAAGGGUUUUACAUAUCAGAAUAGCAUAACCUUGUUAUUGCUUUUAUAUAAAAGGAAUUAAUAAUAAGAAAUUUUAACUCAAAUAUGGUUUCCUAUACAAUAAAUUUAACAAGUGAAUUGUAGUAUAUAAAUGGAUUUUAUAUGGAUGAAGCGCAAUACCAUAUUAUAAUCUAUGGGGAUAAGAUCUUAAAAUCUUCAAUGGAUUUAAAUACAAGGACAGUCAUUUCUGGGAAUGACUAAACUCUGACUAACUUCGCUAACUGCCAAUUUACAUAAGAAAUAUUUGCGUGUAGAGUUUCAAGCUAAAGAUUAGUAAUUUACAAUAAAGCUCUGCUUAAAUAAGUUUCUUCCAUAUUAACAAAUCUUAACUCUUUCAAUAUCAUACUCGACACAGCCAAUUAAUUUAUUAUAAUUUUUAGUUCUUCUAUUUAUUCUUAUUCUUAUAAAGGCACACUUUUGCAAUCUGUAAACUAAAUUUCUUAAAAUAUUAAAUCAAUUACCUACUGUGAUUCCUUUUUUGUGGCCUAAACUUCUUCAAUGGCAUACAUGUUUAAUAGGUUGUCUUUUUAGCAACUAUCUAGUUUUGUAGCUCCAGGAGGAACAUUAUAUGGCAUGGUUUACUUACCCGAUAUUUAAUAAAUAGGGUUCUAUUGCUCAGAUAUAAGAAGUGGUUAAAUUAUAUUUUUGAGUACUACGAAUUUCUAACAGAAUGGUUAUAUGGUGAACACUUAUGAUCAAGUUGGUUUAGGAUAGAUAGUGAAAGCUAUUUAUGACUAAGAUAGUUCUAUGGUAAAUUAUUUUGAUAGCUAUGGAAAUAGCUAAAACAUCAUUACAAAUUCUCUGGGUAUUGAUAACACAUUUUCAAUUGAAGAGAUAUAGCAAUUUUAACAACCAAAACCUGUCGAUUUUAUAAUUGAUUUCAUUACAAACACAAUUCUUGUUCAUAAUGGUAUUAAAACAUGGAAGCUUAAUUAUAAUUUGCACACUAGACCAUCAAAAUAGUUUAUCAGUAAACCAUACAAACACUAUUUCCAAUUAAACUAGAGUUCACAGAAUAACUAAAAUACAGCAUUUUUAAUAGCAGAUUACUAUAAUACUGUAUAUUUUUACUAAAAUUAUUAAGUAACUUAUUUUUGCCAAUUCAGUUAAGAGAUUAUUUAUAUGCAGACUAUUUAGUAACAAAGCAAGAUACUUUAUAUAAUAUUUUAUUAAUUCAGCAUUUUAGUCUUUAAUAACUACCAAGAUAUGGUUUAGGAAUAGAAUGCACUGCUGAUACUCUAGUAAUAUUCUUUUAAAGGACUAUUGCUUGAAGACUAAACUAAACUGAUUAUAAACACUAUUGAUAACAAAAUAGUAGAUUUUGACUUUUUUAAGAAUUAAGAAAUCUUUUCAACACAACUUGAUCUGGCUGAUGUUAUAACUGCAAAGCUUGUUACUGGUUCAUCCAAUGGUCCAAUCUGGAUCUUGCUCGUAGGGACAUAGACAGGCAAAAUUUUCAGCUACAAUUUGAUGUCUUAAACAUUCAACAGUUUAAGCUUAAAACAACAGAUUCAAAUAUAAUACCUUUAUUAGUUUAGCGAAGGUAUAUUUGUCAGUGUUGAUAAAAAUGGAGGAGCUACUAUGAUAAGCACAUAAGAUUUAGUAAUCACUUAAUAAUAAUAAUUUAUGGACACAAUAAAUAAACAAAUAACUUAAGAAAACGGAUCAUUGAUAACAAAAAGUAUUUAAUUAGUAAAGGUAGAUCUAACUAAUUAGAGGUUCUUUGUAAAUUUCUAUGCAGAAAAAAAAGUAGGAGUUUGGAAUAUCUAAAAUUUUUAAUUUAUUUAAUAUUUAAUCUUUCCUGAUGAUUAGUGGAAGCAAAUAAUAUUGAGUAGUGAUUUUAUUAUUCUCUAUUGCUCUUUUUAAAUAAAUAUUCAUGAUAGUUAAGACUAUUCAUAUAUAGCAAAAGCUAGGAGAUAUUAUAGAAAGGACCAAAUUACAGAUUUAAGACUCAUUAAUUAAAAUAUCUUAGUUUCAGUUUUUGCUACUCGCAUAGAAAUUCUUCUAAUUGAUAAAACAUAAAAUCUGGUUAUAUUGCAAGACACAAUAACUCUUUCAAAUCCUUUUUUGAUAUACUCAGGAAUAAAUACUCUUUCAAACUAGCUAUUACUUAUCGGGACAUCUUAAAACUCUGUUUUUGAAAAGAGAUUCUCACUGAGUCUUUUAUAAAACUAACUGGUGUCAAUAAACAAAAACCAAAAACGUUGUUACAGUCAACUUUUGUUUUCGAACUAAGCUAAUUUGCAAAACUAAUACAAAAAUAUUUAUGACCCAAAUAAUCCUAAUUUGCACUACUCUCUUUAAGUUUUAAUUUAUAAUGAAAUUAGAUCUAUGUAUUCGAUUAAUUAAAGCUAGACAUCGGUUGUGAUGAGGCCUUAGUCAAGUACAAAUAAUUAAUUAAAUAUUAGGAUAAACUCUUUUAACAACAUAAAUUUUGACGUUUAAUUGCAAGGAUUUGACUUUUAAUUUAUAGAAUAAGGCUAAUAAAUCAGCUCUAAUACUAACUCAAGUAGAAUAAUAUUGUAGGACAUCUUGAUAUAACAACAAAAUAUUACAGAUUAAACUACUUUAUUUUUCAAAGAUAAAAAUUUAGUAAGUUUACAAAAUAUAUAAGUAUAAAAUGUUAACAUAACAGGAGGUUCUUCUAGAAUAUUAAGCUCUAAUAGUCAAGAUAGCGCGUUUAUAUUCAUAUAAAAUACAAAUAAUGUGGUAAUAUAAAAUUUUAUCAUUGAUAACCUUAAUUUCAUAAAUUUCUAAGGAAAAUUUUUAAUUGCAAAUUAAGUUACAAAUCUAACAAUAAACAGCUUAACUAUCUAAAAUAGCUAAUUUGACAGUAUUUUUUAGAUUUUUUAGGUAGAUUAUUUAGAAAUAUAUAAUCUGACUAUCUCUAAAUGCAAAAGUGUUAAUAAUAACUAAAACCAAAACUCUUAUGCUUUUGAUUUAAUUGGAAUAAACACAAUUAAUUUAAAUUUAAUAAAUAUUUUUGAAAAUCAAAAUAUUUUUGCCUUUUCUACUUCAAAUAAUUUUUAUCAAAAUGGAUAAAUUAUUUAUUUACAAAAAGAUGAGAUAAAAUUUGUAAACAGUUCGAUCUAUAGCAAUACAUUUACAUUCAUAUCUAAUUAGCAAUUAAAUCUUUUAAAUUUAUAAUCAUCUAUCAUUUAAGUUGAUUCUCUGGUGUUUAAAUAUAAUAAAGCCAAUAUUUUGGUAAAAAAUUCUAUAACUGUAGUUUUUAGCAACAGCUAGUUCUUCUUAAAUUAAGGAAUUAAAGGAGGUGCUUUGCAAAUAACUAAAAUUAAUAAUUAUCUUUAUAUAUUGAAUUCACAUUUUGACAAAAACAUUGUUCAAUCAAGUGGAGGUAGUAUUUACUUGGAGGAUGUUAACAUGUUAUAAAUAGAUUCAUUAAGCUCUAUUAAUUCAAGCCAAGCAAUAAUCGGAGGAGGAAUCAGAAUAUUUAAUCAAAACAUGGCUACUUCAUUAAAAUACUAAAUACUAUGUCAAAUGAAGUAUAACACAGCUGAAUUAUAUGGUGAUAACAUUGGAGAUCUAUUGGAUAGCAUAUCAAUUUUCUACUCUGAUAAAGUUUUGUAAAUUGGUCAGAAAUUUGAAGAAAUUGAUCUAAAAUUGGUUUACUAGGGGUCAAUUAUCAAUAGCAGCAACAAAGCUUCAAUACAAAAUAUUUAAAGUGGUGGAUAAAUAAAUAUGUUUAUAUAAUUAAUUGAUAAUUAAGGUAGUCAGUUAAAAGUUAAUCAAACGAAAUAUUUAAAUAACCUAUACAGUUAAGACAUUAAGAAUGAGCUUGAUUCAUAUUUACUAGAAUUCAACAGUGAAAAAAGUAACCUUAACAACAUACUAGACAUAAAAGGCUAAACAAUAGUUAGCAUUAAACAAUAUAAUUUUGAUUUAUCCAUGUUUCAAUUCACUUCUCUAGUUGUUUCUUCUCAGCCUCUUUAUACUUAGGCUUAAGCUAUGGUACUAAUUAAUUACUAACUUAUAAACUAUUCCAGCUCUAUCAGUAUAAAUUUAAAGUUCAGAGCUUGCUUAUAAGGAGAAGUUUUAGAGUAUUAAUCAAAAAAUUAUGUUAACUAGAAUAAUUCAAUUAGUCUGAUUUAAAUGAUAACAUGUUAAGAAUGUUCAUAUGGAACGUACUCAUUCAUAGAUCCUAUGACUGAAUAUUCUUAAGAAGCGCUUAAUUAAUUAAAAGAUAAUUCUUAUUAAGCUUUUCAAGCAUGUAAAAAAUGUCCCCAAGAGGCCUUUUAAUGUCAAUCCAAUAAUAUCACACUUUAAAAAGGAUUUUGGAGAAGUAGCAACAGUUCUGAUGAAAUUAUUGAAUGUAAUUCCUUCAAUCCAUAAAUUUGUAAUGAAUAAGAUGCAAAUAGCAAAGAUGGAUGCAUCGAAGGCUAUAUAGGUCCACUCUGUGAAUCCUGUGAUGCAACAGGAGUGAUUUGGAAUGGUAAAAGAUACACCUAAUCUAUGUAAAACUUUCAAUGCUAGUAAUGUAGCUCAUUUGAAACUCAAAUAACUUUCUUGGUAAUCUCCAUAAUAGUCUUGCUUAUUUAUUUAUUUGUCUCCACAUUAUUUUUCAUGGAUAGAUACAUAUAUCACUCCACAUGCUACUAUUCAAGAUUUUUAAAAUUUCUUCCCUUUUCUAAUAGCUGCACAAUGGAUCAAUCGACUUUCUUUAUGAAAAUUUUAAUUAAUUACAUAUAAAUUUCUACCCUACUGUAUAGCCAAAAUAUUAACAUAGCACCCCAGUUUUUAAGCAUUGUUCCUAACACAACCGGCAAGCCUGGUAGCUAAAUAGUUGUAAGCAGUGUUUGCUUGUAUGGCAGUGGAGGUGCUAGCAAUAUAGGAAUUGAAAGAAUUAGAGCGUACAGUAUGUGCAUCUUUCCAAUUACACUUGUCAUUAUACUUUUUUUGGUCUUAACAGUAUUGAGGUUCUUUAAGAUAUGGAGAGUAUCAUAUUAUCACAAAUACAUUAUGAUUAUAGUAGCUUUUCUAUUCUUCUAACCAGAUACAAUAGGAUUUUUUACAAAAGCAAUCUCUUGUAGAAAAAUUGGAACAAAGUCAUAUCAGUAAAUUAAUUAGCUAAUUUCAUGUGAUGAUAAAUAGUACAAGCUCUUUAGUCUAUAUUUUAUAUUACCUAAUUUGAUAUUUUGGCUUCUUUCACCAUCCAUUAUUUUAUUGAUAUUCCGCUACAAAAAAGGAAGAGACACAAAAAAGCUAAAUUAUUGCACAACAAAAUACAUGUUUGGAUACUUCUAUUUAGAAUAUAAAACAAAUUACUACUAUUGGGAAUUUAUUAGAAUUUACUUUAAAAUUAUUUUUGUCUUGUUGUCUACUCUACUGAGCGAAGUGUUAACACAAAUCACAUCCUUUUAUUUGGUACUUGCUUUUAUUUACAUAAUUAUACUAAUUAAAGUACAGCCAUUCGAAAAUAAGUUUAUAAACAGACUUGAAAUAUUUUCUUACUGCAUAACUAUUCCUUGUAUUAUCUUUUUUUCUCUUUACCAAACUCUUUAAAUAGAUACAUUUUAGUAUUUUACAGCAGUUAUUCAUUAUACUUUCAUGGCUUAUUUAAUCCUAUUGAUUCUCAGGAUUAAAUUAAAUACUCAAAAAAGCACAAUAAAUAUGAAGCUUAAAAAGUGCUUUUAAAGUAUUUUUCCAGAAAUUGUUUAUAAAUUUUUCUUCAAGAGUAAAUUUUAAAAUAAUAAUUCACUCAGAAAGUGGCGCUUUUUAUAUAAAAACUUAAAAAUUACCUUGACUUAAAUCAAUUAAGCUUAAUCUUAAAAGAAAUCUUUCAUCGCUGCAGCUUUCAAUAGCUUAGAAAACAAUAACUUUUAAUCAUAUAAUGAAUUUGUAUUGAGCUAGUAAGCGAAAAAUGAGACAGAAAUUAAAAGUCCUAAUAAAAAAUUAACAUUAAAUACUAAUAGAAUAGAAUCUAUUCCUUUUACUGAUUGUAUACUUGAAAAAUCAGAAUUAAAUAGUAUCAAAAAAUUUAAUAACAAAUCUACUUACUGUGUUACCAAAAGGCCUUAAGGUGAUACUUCUUAUUUAAGCAGAUAUUGCAGCGAUUUAGACUCAACCCCUAGCAGAUCUAACAAUAAUUUAGCAAAAUAAAUCUCAACCAACAAUCUAAACAUUGAAGAUGGUAUUUGUAUGAUAAACAUGAAUAAAAAUUUAAAUAAUGCAGAAAAAGUUGAAGCUUCAAAAGUAAUAAUACCUAAUGAAGAGAAUGAUUAGCAAAAUUAUAAGAUAUACGAUUUUAAUCAUGUUAUAUCCAAGUUAAACUAGCCUAAAUAAAUCGAAUCUAUUAUUUUAGGCAAUACUUAGAGGAAUAGUAUAUAAGAUAUAAAAAUAUAGGUGCUUUCUGGUAGAUAGGGUAAUAAUAAUUAAACAAGUUAAAGCAUAUUUUUUUCUUAAGAAGAAUAAGAAUAAAAUAAAGUCUAUACUUUUAAUUCUAUUCUGUAAGUUAAGUCUCCUGUUAAUAAAAAUAGCACAGUUUAAUCUAAUAAACUUUAAGAUAGUAAAUAAAGUAGUGAUAAGUAUAGUUGA